AUGUCAUUUUAUGAUCUGGUCGAUGAUGGGCCUUGGUGGAGAAACCGAGGAAUAAUCCUCCUCAAUCUUUCCUUGUUACUCGCCCUUAUUACCUCGUCAGCAAAUGGUUUUGAUAGCUCGAUGAUGAACGGCCUCCAAAUAGUACCGGAUUGGCAAGGUUACUUUGGCAACCCAUCUGGGUCAACCUUAGGCAUGGUCAAUGCGAUUCAGAAUAUCGGUGUGUUGAUGGCACUUCCCAUGGCCCCCUACGUCAGCGAUAAAUUCGGCCGUAAGAAGAGCCUAGUCACUGGGGCACUCAUUAUGUUGGGAGGGGUAACACUUCAAGCUGCAUCAACUAAUAUUUGGCACUUUGUUGGUUCUCGGGGAAUGAUCGGGCUAGGCCUGGGAUUCGCGACAAACGCUGCGCCUCUGCUCAUCACCGAGUUAGCUUACCCAACUCAACGAGGACCUAUCACUGCUAUGUACAAUUCGUCAUGGUAUUUUGGUAGUAUCAUUGCGGCUUGGGUCUGCUUCGGAACUUUCCGAAUGUCUGGGACAACUUGGUCAUGGAGAAUCCCAUCGCUCCUACAAGGAGUGCCUUCACUGAUUCAAGUAUGCCUCCUGUGGUUUGUCCCAGAAUCUCCUCGAUGGCUAUUAUCUCAGAAUCGAGACGCCGAAGCAAUAGAAAUCCUUGGGAAAUACCAUGCGAAUGGAAACACCUCUGAUCCACUCGUCGUGCUUGAGUACCAAGAGAUUCGUGAGGCAUUGAUCUUGGAGAAAGAAAUAUCAGGAGAGGUUUCAUAUUUCACGCUAUUCAAAUCAGUCGGUAACCUCAAGCGGAUGCGGAUCAUAAUCGCUCUUGGAUUCUUUUCGCAAUGGAGUGGAAACGGGCUGUUCUCGUAUUAUAUUAACGAGAUUUUUAAGACUCUGGGUAUCACCAGCCCGGGAAUGAAGACUCUUAUAAAUGCGAUCCUCCAGAUAUGGAAUCUAAUUAUGGCCUUGAGUGCAGCCAUGUUUGUAGACCGUGUGGGUCGGCGGACCAUGUUUGUCGUCUCGAAUGCGGGAAUGCUAUGUGCAUUCUCCAUAUGGACGAUUACAGCAGCACUAUAUCAACUUCUUGGCAAUACUGCCGCAGCAAACGCCAAUAUCGCUCUCAUUUUUAUCUUUUUUAGCUUCUAUGACAUUGCCUAUUCGCCUCUGCUAGUGGCAUACACAAUCGAGAUCCUUCCUUUCAAUAUCCGUGCAAAGGGCUUUGCUGUAAUGAAUUUUUCCGUGUGCAUUGCUCUGAUCGUAAAUCAAUACGUGAAUCCAAUUGCUCUUGGAGCUAUUGGUUGGAAAUAUGCACUUGUAUACUGUGGCUGGCUUCUCUUCGAGUUUGUAUUCGUUUUCCGUUACAUCAUCGAGACCAAGGGUCGUUCUCUGGAACAAACUGCAGCACUCUUUGAUGGAGAGGGUCAUGCAGACGCGUUAGAACAGGGUGAGAUUCGCGCCGCUUUGGAUUCGAAGCCGCAGCUAACUGGUGUUAUCAAGCUGGCUAUGAUGCCGCUCGCCACACUCAAAUCAGAACCCGUGACUAUGAACACUACGACUACUUCUCCGUCUACAUUGAUAGAGAUGAUGAUAAGAUCUAUGAGAUGCGACGGGUUGAUCCACAUUAUACAAAAUCCCGGAGACCUGGCCAGCACCCGUCUGAAAGGUCGAUACACGCUGAUCAUAGUGGUUAUCGAUACUAGUUUUUCCCUUAAAUUCCUCUUUGGACCGUCUUAUUUGGGAAUGUAA